UGUUUCAAAAUGGCUUAUUUAAUCAAUUUAAUCAAAAUAAAAGUUGAAAUUGUUUAAUAUUUCGCUGAUAGAAAUGUGAUCCAUCCAAGCGCUUUUUAUAAAAACAUAAUCGCAAAAUCUCUGGUUCAAAAAUAUAGCAUUUUAAAGUCAACUACUGCCCAAGUUGAACAGGCAUUAUGGUUCUUUCCGGAUGGCCGUGGUCCCGGAAAACAUUGUGGGAAACUACAUUACCAUAUUGAAUAUAUGGUGAAGAAGUUAAAACAACAGAUACGACGAAGUGCGAGCCAAAACAACGAUGAAAACAACACUAAUGAGGAUCCUAUCGACGAUACGCCCGACGAUGAAACAAACCUUGAUGAAAUUGUCAACAAACUUAAGUUUAUAGUGCCUUCGGAAGCGUCAUUGGAUAUUAUAAAGGAAGACUGGAUUAGAACGUUUGCGACGAGAAACCUUAUUAGGAAGAUGGAUGUACUGGACAACAGAACAAGCGAAAUGGUUCAGAAGUUUCCAUUAUUUGGGUCAUUCGAUGGAUUUCUGAUUGAUUUGGAUUUCGAAAUCAUGUUUCCCGCUGUUAAUUCCAGCGUGGCAUGGGAACAUCUGAAGUGCCAAAUACUGACGAAGUACAGCGACCUCCAUUCAUCAAUUCCAAGUGAAAUUUGUCGGGCCUUAAUCAUAAUCAAAGAAAAGAAUCCGUCACGAGGAGCCAAGCGUUCGCACCAAGGUACACUAAAGAUAUCUAAUCUGUUGGAGAAGAUCGUUGAAUGGAUGUAUCCAGAAGACGACAUCGAAGCAUAUGUCAAUACUCACAGUGCAACGGCUCUUCCAAUAUUAAUCGUCAAAGGACAACAGUAUUCCGAGGGUGAUACCUACAUUCGUGUUGGAAAGCGAUAUUUUAGCUCAGGAUCCGACAUAACAAAAGCGUUUUUACGCUGA